AAACAACACACACACACGAGAGCGCGAGAGUGGUGAUGAAUUCGGGGUGCUCGUGAGCCCGUUCAUAAGAAACAAACAAACAAAACAACAACACCGCAGUUAUUAUUGUUGUCGCUGCUGUGGAGAGGAGCUUCUUUCUUUUUUCUUUUUUUCUUUUUUUUUUGUUUCUCCGAGAAUACGCGCAAAAUAUCGCGGUGUUGGUGAGGUCGCACAGCCAAGGAGAUUAUCCACCGGAGAGAGGGAGCCGCGACGGGGCUGGAAACCGGAGCACCAAUCCCGGAUGGCUAGGCGCGGCUGCUCGCUCGCUCUCCCUCCCUGACCCCCGGGAAGAGACGCAACAGCGGACCGCCGGGCUGGAAGACGGAGCAGGAGAAGAACCGAGAGGCUCCGGUUCGGGGCAACUUGACAUGUUUUAUUCGGGAAUUUUGCGGGACCGAGCGUAAACAAACACAAGGCUCGGGUGGGAGAGAGAGAGAGAGUGUUCAGACCACUGAAGGGUGUGAGUCUGCGUGGUUGCUGCGUUUUUUUUUUUCUCUCUCCCCCUCUUCUCUCCCCCAAGCCCAUUACAGAUCCAUUAUCUGUGCAGUUCCAGCGUCUCUGUGGACGACACCGUGUUCUGAUAUGGUCGGACUAGACUGAGGAGCCAGCGGCAUUAUGGGAUGUAGCAGGACUGUGCAGUGACCCCCGCUCAUUGGAAGGAAACACUGUGUGUACAGGAGCAGGAACAGGCAGACGAGCCUAAACACACACACACACACACACACACACACACACACACACACACACACACACACCCUCAUCCCGUCAUAGACACACACUCCUGCAGCCAUGCCUGUGUUCAGUGGCCUGCUCAAGGUAAGAGUGUGUGAGGCGGUGGACCUGAAGCCCACCCCAUGGGCCCUGCGUCACGCUGUGGGCAAGAGCGGCUCCUUCCUGCUGGACCCCUACCUGGCCCUGAACCUGGACCAGACCCGGCUAGGCCAGACCGCCACCAGGACCAAGACCAACAGUCCCGCCUGGCACCAGGAGUUCUGCACCGAGGUCCGGGAGGGAAGGAGCCUGGAGCUGUCCGUGUUCCACGACGCGCCCAUCGGGUACGACGACUUCGUGGCCAACUGCACCAUCCAGCUGGAGGACCUGCUGCAGAACGGAACCAGGCACUACGAGGACUGGAUUGACUUGGAGCCGGAGGGGAAGGUGUACGUGGUCAUCGAUCUGUCCGGAUCCUCCACUGAGGCUUCGGGAACCAACGACAAUGAGGAGCGGGUGUUUCGCGAGAGGAUCGGCCCUCGCCGGCGGCAAGGCGCCGUCAGGAGACGCGUCCACCAAGUCAACGGACACAAGUUCAUGGCCACCUACCUGAGACAGCCGACCUACUGCUCACAUUGCAGAGAUUUUAUCUGGGGUGUGCUGGGGAAGCAGGGAUACCAGUGUCAGGUUUGCACGUGUGUCGUCCACAAGCGCUGCCACGAGCUCAUCAUCACCAAGUGCGCUGGGAUGAAGAAGCAGGAGGACACACCUGAGGAGGUGGGAUCACAGCGGUUCAGUGUUAAUAUGCCCCACAAGUUCAGCAUCCACAACUACAAGGUGCCCACCUUCUGCGACCACUGCGGCUCCCUGCUGUGGGGCCUCAUGAGGCAGGGCCUGCAGUGCAAAGUGUGUAAGAUGAAUGUGCACAGGCGGUGUGAGACCAAUGUAGCUCCUAACUGUGGCGUGGACGCCCGAGGAAUCGCCAAGGUCCUGUCUGACCUGGGAGUCACACCCGACAAGAUCUCCAACACGGCACAACGCAGGAGGAAGUUGACUCCAGGGCAGGACCCUCCCCAGUCUCCUCCUGAGCUCUCUCAGGCUGAGGAGAACAGCUUCAGCCAGCCAGCUGUCCCCACCUCCCCGUCACAGCAGGACUUGGCAGAGCUGGAUCGCCUGCAGGACGCGCUGUCACUCGACCAGCAGGGACCUCAGCACUCCUCCUCCUCCGCCUCGUCCUCCUCCUCCACCACCUCCUCUUCCUCCUCGUCCUCCUCCUCGGCGGGCAGGGAGAACGGACAGAGCCAGAGGAGGACCCUCAAGGACUUCAACUUUAUCAAGGUUCUCGGCAAAGGCAGCUUCGGCAAGGUGAUGUUGGCGGAGCUGAAGGGGACAGAGGACGUUUACGCCGUCAAAGUCUUGAAGAAGGACGUGAUCCUACAGGACGACGACGUCGACUGCACAAUGACCGAGAAGCGGAUCCUGGCCCUGGCCCGCCGACACCCCUACCUCACCCAGCUCUACUGCUGCUUCCAGACACGGGACCGUUUGUUCUUUGUAAUGGAAUAUGUGAACGGAGGAGAUCUGAUGUUCCAGAUUCAACGAUCUAGGAAGUUCGACGAGCCUCGCUCUCGUUUUUACGCAGCCGAAGUCACCUCAGCCCUCAUGUUCCUGCAUCGUAACGGAGUCAUCUACAGGGAUCUGAAGCUGGACAACAUCCUUCUGGACGCAGAGGGACACUGUAAGCUGGCAGACUUCGGCAUGUGCAAAGAAGGCAUCAUGAACGGCGUGACCACCACCACCUUCUGUGGCACACCCGACUACAUCGCUCCCGAGAUCCUGCAGGAGCUGGAGUACGGCGCCUCCGUGGACUGGUGGGCUCUGGGGGUGCUGAUGUACGAGAUGAUGGCCGGGCAGCCGCCGUUCGAAGCCGACAACGAGGACGACCUGUUCGAGUCGAUCCUCCACGACGACGUCCUCUAUCCCGUGUGGCUCAGCAAAGAGGCGGUGUCGAUCCUCCGGGCGUUCAUGACGAAGAAUCCGGCCAAGCGUCUGGGCUGCGUGGUGAGCCAGGGCUGCGAGGAGGCCAUCAAGACCCACCCCUUCUUCAGAGAGAUCGACUGGAUCCUGCUGGAGCAGAGGAAAGUCAAGCCGCCCUUCAAACCUCGGAUUAAAACCAAGCGGGACGUGAAUAACUUCGACCAGGACUUCACCAAGGAGGACCCCGUGCUGACGCCCACGGACGAGGCCAUCAUCCGACAGAUCAACCAGGAGGAGUUCAAGGACUUCUCCUACUGCGCCCCCGAGGAGACGCACACCUAAGACGCACACACAUUGACACACACACACACAGACACUGAUCCGACAACACUACACCCGGCAUGCACGUACGCACACAUGCUGACACUGCGUAGAUCCAUAAAUCCCUUUACAACACACACACACACACACACCAACACACCAACACAGAGUCACUCCUUUACUUUGAAGCUAUUGGUUGUUGUUACUUUUUGGAAUAUUAUUUACUUGCAUUGUGUUGUUCUUGUUGCCUGGGUUUUAUUAUGAAUAUGAAUAUGAACAUGACUAUGGAUAUGAA